GAUUCAAUUGAGGAACUUCAAGAAAAUGCCUUCAAACCGGAGGCAAUUAAGGCUUUCGCGGACAGCUUGAACCCCAAGUGUGAUAAAAUAGCUCAGCAGUUAAAGGACUUACUUCCUGCGCUGGAAAAAAGUAACACCGCUUCUGAUCAACUUUGCAAGGCAUACGAAGGACUAAACAACAGUACAAAGGCGCUAGAUCCUCUUAACAAUUUUACGACUGCCCUCUUUGGCUCCGUCAAUGAGACCGGAACUGAGGCCUUCACCAAUCUGACGCAAAGUCUCCUACCCUGUGAUAGUCUGUACUACGCUGUCCAGUCAGUAGUAUUCAUGAGUUGCGGAGCCUCGGGCCUGGCUCCCCGCAUCUUCGCCUGGGGUCUCUUUCUCUCCCUCUGUCUCUUCUUCACCUUCUUCAGUCUCCUCAGCUUGUGUCUGCUGUGGCGUGUGCAAACCCACCAGGUGAAGCGUUUCGGUGGCUCUGACGAGGAUUACGAUGCGUCAGAAUACUGA